AUGACUCGAACUACCGGUAGAAAAUUCCGUCUCAACGGUAUUCGACAGUCGACUCGCUUGCCGCACAAACACCGAUUGCGUCAGGCAUUUCAGAAUUAUGUUAUCUACAGUGCCGAUCAACUUCCAGCAAAAGUUGAUCUUCGAUCAGAUAUGAUGCCCAUUGAAGAUCAAUCACAAAUUGGUAGCUGCGCAGCAAACUGUCUUGCCGGUGCCUAUGAAUAUGUAACGAAGAAAGAUAACGAGCAGGACAUAGCUGUCAGUCGUCUUUUCAUCUAUUAUAAUGGUCGUGCGAAAGAAAAUCCAUCGGGGAUAACUGAUUCUGCUUGUACAAUGACAAAUGGCAUUGAAGCACUGGAAGAAUUUGGAGUUUGUCCCGAAUCAAGUUGGCCAUACACUAUUUCGCAAGUGAAUACAAAACCAAGCAGUGAAGCCUAUCAAGAUGCGAAGGUCAUAAAAUCGUCGAUGCACUGCAAGUGGACAUCGAUUUGA